UUCUACUCUGAAGUUGGAAGUGUCAAAAGUCCACCACAGUCUUGCCAUCGGUAUCUGUCUAAAAACGUCAAACUCUUGCAAGACGGGGUCUAUGAGUACGAGAAAGAAAAUCUGUACAAAUGCCCGUGUACCCUAGAGAGAUUGGGUCGUCAAUGGGAGCUCUAUGAAAAAAGAGGCGUCAAUAAGGAAAUACACUGUUACGCCAUAAGCAUGGUAGCCAAAUCUCGAUUGCUUCAAAACAAUAAAAGAAAUAAGCUCUGCUGUUAUAAAAUGAAAAGCCCUGAGAGCGAUACGUGGCAGGACUGGGAACAAAGUUGGAGAGAUUCAUCCUACACGUACGGCCAUGUUCUCAUCAACGACCCCUGGCCGUGGGUCAACUUCAACAACAUGGAAGCUUUGGAGAACAUUGAGGCACACACGCUGUGCUGCGAACACUCGCCGAAACUGAUGUGUGAUCGGUUCUACAAGAUCUUCCCUGACAUGAAGUGUACAGACUACGUCUAUUUUGUUCCAGCCUCAGCAUUAGGAGAUCCACACAUUACAACACUUGAUGGGUUCACCUACACAAUGAAUGGGUGGGGCGAGUAUAUUAUGUUGGAGAUCCCAGCUGCAAAUUUUUCUUUUCAGGCCAGAACAGGACGAGCAGAGACCAGCGAUGGAAGACUCACCAACGCCACCGUGUUCACAGCUUUGGCUGCCAGAGAAUCCACAGAGUCAAGUCUACAAGUACAGCUGGCACCAAACAGUUCAACUAUGAUUGUCUACAUUAAUGGAAUAGACUACACCUAUGACUUCUAUGAAACACCUGAUUUUAGAACAAAUUUGCUCACCAUUAGUGUUAUUAGGGAAAACAGAAUGAACAAAACAAAACUGAUUGCAUCAUUUCCAUCAGGUGUAACAAUUAAAGUUACUGCAGCACUUAAAAGUUUGGAAAUAGAGACAGAGGUUGAUAAAACUUGGAUGAAUCAAACUAUCGUUGGACUUUUGGGAAACUUUAAUGGCAAUGUUACAGAUGAGUUUACACUUCCCAAUGGGACAGUCCUGCCGAUAAAUAUGACAGAGAAAGACAUUUUCUACAAAUUUGCUAAGCUAUGGGAAGUCACCCAGAGUAGUUCAAUAUUUUCCUAUGACAAGCUAGAAAACUCAAGUACCUACCAGCACCCAGAGUUUGUUCCCAUGUUCCUAGAUGAGGAAGAUCGUGCCACAGUUGAAGAAGCCAAUAGGAUCUGUGGCAACUUAAGCUAUGCAUGUAUUUAUGACUAUGUUGCUACACUGGACCAAAUGUUUGCACAAUCAACAAAGGCGUCAGUUGCUAAACAAGUACUACAGAAAGAUGCUUUAGAAAAUAGCCCUCCAAAAUUAAAGGUAGACAACAAUACUUUGAACACAAAUGGCUACCUAGCACUCACUGAAGGUGUAGAGUCAUUUUUCUUUGUUGAAGUGGAGGAUGAUGACCAUGACCCUGUAACCAUAGAAACAGUGGGAAACCUCAAGGGCACAACGGUUAACCAACAGGAGAAGAAGAUUUCUGUGAAACCAAAUGUGACAAGUCCUAUAACACUGGGAAUUCGAGCAUUGGACUCUAAAGGAGCCUACAGCUCUAUAGAGAACAUCAUCAUCUCAGUGUGUACCAACUGUAGUAACCAUGGCCACUGUGACCCAGGAAGUGUUAGAGAGUUCCUCAGUUUUUACUUCCUGGUUCUGCAGUGUAUCUGUGACCCUGCUUACACAGGUAUCAACUGUGAGACAGAAGUGGACGCCUGCGCCACCAGACCAUGCUCACCUGGACAAAACUGCACGGACCUGACGGCAGCUCAACAAGGCUCCAACACCACUGGCUACAUCUGUGGACCUUGUCCUGCUGGUUACACUGACCAGGCGGGCAGAUGUGUUGAUGAAGAUGAAUGUGCAAGUGAUCCUGACAUUUGUGACCAGCAAUGUACAAACACAGAAGGCUCCUACUACUGCAGUUGUAACACUGGGUACAGGCUGGAUCAGAUAAAUAAAAGAUUUUGUUCAGAUAUCAACGAAUGUGACGAGAAAAUGUCAGGCUGUAAACAACUGUGUGUGAACACUGAAGGCAGCUACAAUUGUUCCUGCUAUGAAGGAUAUCAACUAAACAAUGAUAGAUUUACUUGUGACUUGGAUAAAACUGUAAUAGACAAAUGUCUCAACUGUCAGCACACAUGUAUCCUGAGUAGACAGAAUGGAACUUCUAUCUGUCAGUGUGAUAAAGGAUAUGUGACAGAUCCAAACAACACAACAGAGUGUCUAGAUGUGGAUGAAUGUAGCCUGGCGAAUGUGCCUUGUAGCCAAACAUGUCAAAACACAAAAGGCAGCUUUCAUUGUUCAUGUUAUCCAGGUUUCCAGUUGCUGACAGAUGGUGUCUCAUGUCAAAAAUGUGAACUACCCAAUUAUGGAGAAAACUGUACAAGUAAAUGUGACUGUAAGGGACGAGGUAACUGCGACACAGUAAAAGGUUGUAUGUGUGAUGAUGGCUGGACAGGGGUCAGCUGUGAUGUUGAUGAAGAUGAAUGUGCUGACCAUACAACUUGUCCUGAGGGAUUUAUCUGUGAAAACACAAUUGGCUCUUUUCUGUGUAAAUGUCCAGAUGGCUACGUGCAACAGUCUAAUAGAUGCAUUGACAUAGAUGAAUGUGUGGACAUUGGUGUCAACAUGACCUGUGACCUCCGUGUGGAGGUUUGUCUCAACACUGCUGGUAGCUACAGGUGCGAGUGUAAAACAGGUUAUGCACGGGAUGUCAAGUCUUUGUGUCAAGAUAUAGAUGAAUGUGAGCUUCAGAUAGAUGGAUGUCAACACAUCUGUCACAAUGUGGAUGGGAAAUACAACUGUCAAUGUCAACCUGGAUACAUACUGAGAGAAAAUCGUCGAGACUGUAUCAGUGUGAAAGACUUGUGUGCAGGAGCUAAUCUAAACUGUACUCAGGGAUGUAGCUUAGAUAAGAACAAUCAGCCGACUUGUAUUUGCUAUAGAGGAUAUAAUAAAACUAUUGAGAAUGGGGCACAGUUAUGUAAAGAUAAAGAUGAAUGCGCAUCAAAUGAAACAAACAAAUGUUCUUACAAAGAUAAAUGUACCAACACUGAAGGUGGCUACACCUGUUCCUGUCCUGCAGGAUUUAGUCUGGACAACAAUGGCUGGAAUUGUUUAGCAUGUACUGGCGACACCUGGGGCAUCAACUGCCAGCACAGUUGUUCCUGUGGUUUAGGAGCAGAGAGCUGUAGUCCUGUGUCUGGAUGUGUUUGUAAACAUGGCUUCACAGGUUUUUAUUGUGAAACCGAUAUUGAUGAGUGUAUAGAAGGAUCAGUCAUUUGUAAGAGUAAUGAAGUUUGUGUCAACAUACCUGGCAAUGCUAGUUGUGUCUGCAAGAGUGGCUUUAAGAUCAGUGACAACAAUUCUUGUUCUGAUAUUGAUGAAUGUGCUGAGCCAACAUUAAACAACUGUACACAAGUGUGUAACAACACAGAGGGAAGCUACUCAUGUUCUUGUCAUGCUGGGUACUCUUAUAACAGACCAACUGACAGUUGUGAAGAUAUAGACGAAUGUCAAGCCAAACUGAGUAAAUGUCAACAGAUAUGUGAAAACACAGAAGGAAGUUACCGCUGUAAAUGUAAUCGUGGGCUUUAUUUAGGUCUUGAUGGUGUGUCUUGUGUUGUCUAA